CCCAGGAAGCGGAGCGAUGGCUGGGCGUGUGGCGCCCCUGGAGCAUGACCUACCAGAGGUGAGCCCGAACACCGCACUCAUCGCUGUCCACACAGAGUGGCACACCGGAGAAGAGGAAAGAUGGCUGAGAUCUGCGGCUUGUGUGUGCCGUAUGUGCCGUGUGUGUCCUUUGACAGCAUCUGGCGGGUCAGUGGGAGCAGCUGAUGGUGCUCAAGUGGCACGAGGUCAUCUACCGCCUCACGGAAGAUGGCCUGCCUGAGCCUGCAGCGGCUGUGAGGGACUUCCUGCUCUUCAUGAUGCUGGUAGUACGAUGAUGCUGCAGCAAUUGUACGUCUAUUUACUGCUGUUGGUGUGUCACGUGUGUGUGCAGAAGGGUGUGGAGAACGACCGCAGCUGCCGCCUGUCGGUGCCGGCCCACAUUGACGAGGUGUGGCACUCAGUGCUGGUCGAUCCGGUGCUGUACAUGUCGCUCUCGCGCAUCGUCGGCAUCGAACCCGUCAUCCCAUAGUACCCACACACAGAACCCAGAGAGCGCAUUGCGGUGUUCUGUGUGUGUGGGUCUUUCCCUCACCCUGAUGCAGUGAACCGAUGGGCGAGUACGACAGCGACGAGGCCAAGAUGCGCCGCUGGCAGGCCGCCUUAGACAAGUUUGCAGAGCUGUACGGCCGCCCCUACACACACAACUACUGGUGAGUGACUGAGUGAGUGAGUGACUAGACAGAUGGGUGGGUGCCCUAAUGGGCUGUACGGUGGCCUUCCUUGUUUGUGUGGCCCGUGGGGAUUGUGUGCCUGCAGUGGUGGGCAGGUAGCCGCUCGCCACCAGGACAACUAUGUCCUCACACAGCCGCCCACGCGGUAAGAGCUCGUGGGGUGGGAGGGUGGGCGAGCUCUUAGCACUCAGCACUCUGCACUCUCAUUCCUUUUAUCUCUUUUGGGUCUGUCUGUGUUUGCUCGGCUGCAGCGAGGAGUUCAGUAGAUUCAUCAAGGUCUACGUCAGAGUCUUAAUGGGCAAAAGCUUCGAGCUGUGGGCCCGCCCGCCCAGACGCCAUGGUAGAGGACCUCAAGUACGGCGUGCGACUUGCGGAGGGCAUCCCGGUCGUCAAGCAGCGGCUGCUCUUCUGCGGCACGUAAUGAGCACGCGCGUCAUGUCACUGCACGAUGUGCGAUGUGUGUGGUGGGCUGACUGGCUGUCCGUCUUUCUAUCUGCAGAGAGCUCGAGAACUGUCGUACGGUGUCGGACUACGACAUGCAGGAUGGCGCCAUAAUCCACCUCAUCCUGAUCCUGCGGCGCUACACAUAGACUGCCCUAGUAGGAUAGAGGACAGAGGGGAGAGAGGGAGAGAGGGUGUAGAUAGAUGCAGCUAUGGGUGGGUGCUCUGUCUGUCUGUCUGUCUGAGUGGAUGGAUGGAUGGAUGGAUGGGAGUGGGUGAGGGUGCCUGGGGGUGCAUGUGGAUGGAUGGCUCUCGAUAGACGCAUGUGUGUGCAUUGCAGACGGACAGCAGAUACUGAUGUAGACAGAUGGAUGAAUACAUCGAUGAGCAUCAAUCGAUCAACGGGUCGAUUAUACAGACCAACUC